AUGCCCGUCCGGCCUGGCCUCCUGCUGCUGCUGCUGGCCUUCUCGGUGCCGGCCCCGCCGGGGAGCGCCGCCGGGGAGCGCCUGGCCCCGUGCCAGUGCUUCGGCGGCGCCACCGUCUUCUGCUCGGGGCGGAACGUUUCGGGCGUCCCGGAGGAGCUGCCCCCCGAGGCCAGCCAGCUGCUCUUCGUGGACGCCUCGCUGAGCGUCCUGCCCUGCGGCGCCUUCGCCCCGCGCACCAACGGCAGCAGCGCCCUGCGCAAGCUGGCCUUCCUGGGCUGCCCCCUCCGGACGCUCCCGGGCUGCGCCUGGGUGGGGCUGCCCCGGCUGCGGGAGCUGGACGUCGCCCUGGCCCGGCUGGCCGGCCUCCCCCGCGGGGCCCUGCGCGGCUUGGGCGGCCUGAGCAAGCUGGCCGUGCGCUUCAGCCAGCUGGAAGCCCUGGAGGAGGGGCUCUUCGACGGCACCCCGGCGCUGGAGGCGCUGCACCUGCAGGGGAACCGGCUGGCCGCGCUGCCCCCGCGCCUCUUCCGCCCGCUGCCCGCCCUGCAGUCCCUCUCGCUGGCUCAGAACCGGCUGGCCCAGCUGCCCGCCGACUCCUUCCGGGCGCUGGUGGGCCUCCGCGAGCUGCGCCUGAGCGACAACCUGCUGGAGCGCCUCCCGCCGCGGCUCCUCCGGCCGCUGCAGGCGCUGCGCGAGCUCUUCCUGGACGGGAACCGGCUGGCCGAGCUGCCGCGGGGGCUCUUCGCGGGGCUGGCGCGGCUGCGGCGGCUGCACCUGCAGCACAACGCGCUGGCCCGCCUGGAGCCGCCGGGCCUCUUCGCGGGGCUGCCCGGCCUGGCCUUCCUGCUCCUGCAGGGCAACCGGCUGGCGGCGCUGCCCGCGGGGCUCUUCCAGGGGACGCCCCGCCUGGUGGAGCUCUCGCUGGCCCGCAACCGGCUCCGGGAGCUGCCCGAGGGGCUCUUCGGCGACCUCCCCGAGCUCUCCGUCCUCAGCCUCGCCCACAACCAGCUCGGCCGCGUGGCUGCCGGCACCUUCCGGGGCUUGGCCGGGCUGGGCCGGCUGCAGCUCCGCAACAACUGCCUCUCCGCCCUCCCCGGGGCGGCCUUCGCCAACCUCAGCAGCCUGGAGGCCCUGGACCUGGCCCACAACCGGCUGGAGAGCCUGCCCGAGGGCCUCUUCGACGCCAACGAGAUCCUGGCCAGCCUGGCGCUGGAGGGCAACCCCUGGCGCUGCGACUGCCGCCUGGCCCCCCUGGCCGACUGGCUGAGCACCAUGGAGCAGCCGCUCGCCGCCCGGGUCCUCUGCCGGACUCCCGCCCCCUUGGAGGGCAGGGCUCUGCUGGCUGCGAGGGAGGAGGAGCUCCUUUGCCCCUGCCAGCCUGGCAGCGCCCGUUGCCGCGGGGAAGCUCCGGGGCCCCCGGAAGAGACGGGCGCCCUGGACCGGGAGGCUUAG